AUGGAAGCUCUUUACAGUUUGCCGUUCUUUCUCUUCGAAGUGCCGAAUUUAAAGCUCAAGCGGCCCUCAUGGCUCCAACAGCCCUCCGCAAUGACGGUGUUUUCGUUUGUAUUGCUUUCGUACUUUCUGGUCACCGGAGGCAUCAUUUAUGACGUGAUCGUUGAACCACCGAGUGUAGGAUCGACGACUGAUGAGCAUGGACAUUCGCGACCGGUAGCGUUUAUGCCGUACCGGGUGAACGGUCAGUACAUCAUGGAAGGACUUGCCAGUAGCUUCCUGUUCACGAUCGGCGGUCUCGGGUUCAUCAUAAUGGAUCAAACACACACACCAGGCAAGCCGAAACUGAACAAAAUCCUGCUCAUUGCCAUGGGCUUCAUCUUUAUCGUCGUGUCGUUCAUUACAACGUGGAUUUUCAUGCGAAUGAAGCUACCAGGCUACCUUCAGCCCUAG